CUGCUGCUCCUCGCUGUCCUGGCCGCCGCCGUCGCUGCCCAGCCUGAGUGCCAGCCGACCCGGGACCCUGCCGCUGCCUGCGUGGACCUGCAGCUGCGCACCUGCGCUGACAUGGCCUACAACCGCACAGCCUUCCCCAACGUGCUGGGCCACAGGUCGCGGGAGGCCGUGGAGGCCAGCCCCGAGUACGUCCUCCUGGGUGUCCUGCACCAUCUGCUGGAGGGCCAGUGCAAUCCCGACCUGCGGCUGCUGGGCUGCGCCGUGCUGGCCCCGCGCUGUGACAACAGCGGCAGCCGCACACCCAGGCCCUGCCGGCACACGUGCCAGGCCCUGCGGCAGGCCUGCCAGCCGGCCUUCGACGCCAUCGACAUGGCCUGGCCCUACUUCCUGGACUGCAGCCGCUACUUCGCAGGGGAAGAGGAGGGCUGCUAUGACCCCCUCCAGCAGCUGCAGGAAGGCUUGGAGCUGGAGGAGGUGCCACCCCCGGGCCUGCCACCCAACUUCAUCCGCUUCGCACACCAUUCCUACUCACAGAUGGUGCGGGUACUGCGGCGGACAGCAGCCCGCUGCGCCCACGUGGCCAGGACCUACAGCAUUGGGCGCAGCUUUGAGGGCAGGGACCUGCUGGUCAUCGAGCUGUCGGCGCGCCCGGGCCAGCAUGAGCUCAUGGAGCCCGAGGUCAAGCUCAUUGGCAACAUUCAUGGCAAUGAAGUGGCCGGCCGCGAGCUGCUGCUCUACCUGGCUCAGUACCUGUGUGGCGAGUACCUGCUGGGCAACCCCCGUGUGCAGCGUCUGCUCAAUUCCACCCGCAUCCAUCUGCUGCCCUCCAUGAACCCUGACGGCUACGAGGUGGCGGCUGCUGAGGGUGCUGGCUACAAUGGCUGGACCAGUGGGCGGCAGAACGCACAGAACCUUGACUUGAACCGCAACUUCCCAGACCUCACGUCUGAGUUCUACCGGCUGGCAGCAGCCCGCGGCGUGCGCAGCGGUCCCCUCCCCAUCCCACAACACUACUGGUGGGGUAAGGUGGCCCCCGAGACCAAGGCAAUAAUGAAGUGGAUGAAGACGGCCCCAUUCAUGCUGUCGGCCAGCCUGCACGGGGGCGACCUGGUGGUGUCCUACCCUUUUGAUCUGUCCAAGCACCCAGAGGAGGAAAAGAUGUUCUCUCCCACGCCAGACGAGAAGAUGUUUAAGCUGCUGGCCCGAGCCUACGCCGACGCCCACCCCAUGAUGAUGGACAGGUCGGAGCACAGGUGUGGGGGCAACUUCCUGUCGAGGGGGAGCAUCAUCAACGGGGCCGACUGGUACAGCUUCGCGGGAGGCAUGUCCGACUUCAACUACCUGUACAGCAACUGCUUUGAGAUCACGGUGGAGCUGGGCUGCGUCAAGUUCCCACCGGAGGAGGCCCUCUACCCACUGUGGCAGCAGAACAAGGAGCCUCUGCUGAGCUUCCUGGAGAUGGCACACCGAGGCAUCAAGGGUGUGGUGACAGACAAGUUUGGCCAGCCCAUCAGGAACGCCCGGAUCUCUGUCAAGGGCAUCCGCCAUGACAUCCUGACAGCUGCCGACGGCGACUACUGGAGACUGCUGCCACCGGGCACCCACAUUGUCAUCGCUCAGGCCCCGGGCUAUUCGAAGGUCAUCAAGAGAGUGACCAUUCCGCUGCGUAUGAGGAAGGCUGGCCGUGUGGACUUCAUCCUGCAGCCGCUGGGCGGGCAGGCCAAGAAGGGGCCCCCUGGGCCACGGCGCUCAGGGCCAGAGCCCAGCCUCGAGCCCCCCGGGGCACGCAGGCAGCCCUCGGCCAACGGCAAGCCCUGGUGGUGGUCAUAUUUUGCGUCCCUGAGCCCCCACAGGCCGCGCUGGCUGCUGAAGUACUAG